CAGUCAGUUCUGUACGAUCGCUGGUCGCGUGCGGUAUUGAGGUAACUUUAACUUCACGGUGGAAAAAUUAUUUCUUUUUCACAAAUAAAAACAUCGCGCGCGUGCUGCAGUGAUUUAUUUUAAAAUUUUCUUUAACCAUUAGCUACCAAUUGAUAAGACUGUGCACAAUUAAACGAAAUGGGUUCUACUAUUCUCGACGCCAUUACUCCAAAAGUUUAUUCAGAUUUGCCUAUACGGUUUACGUGAUCUUCGAUAAUCACGAUGUUGUGUGUGGUGUCUACGGCGUUCAUACUCGCAGUACUCCGGAUUUCCGAUGGUCAGCUGCAUGAGCCGCAGAAAGAAGAUCUUCUGCAACGAUAUGAAGAUGUACAGCGACAGAUGAACGGCAGCGGAAGUGGYGAAUGGAAGUGCCCAGAGGUGCGGAACGUGUCGUGCGCAUGCGAUYUGCCACACACGUUACGCUGCACCGGCGGCAAAUCGACAUUCGAGACAGUGGCCCGAGCGCUCAGGCGCCUGUCCGGCACGUCAUCCAUAUCGCUUCUGGACUGCACCGUGCAGAACGUAGCAUCGCUGCCGGCCAAGAUGCUCGACGGCGUCUCGCUGCACGGGCUGGUCGUGUCGUCUGGCGAGAUCAAGUCCGUCUCGGACGCCGCAUUCGACGGACUCGGGUCACCACUCCAGGCGCUCGGCCUGCCCAACAACCAGCUCGAGCGGGUCCCAAGCUCAGCACUGGCCAUGCUCAAUGGUCUCGAGCGUCUCGACCUGUCCCACAACCGUUUGCACACCGUCCACAACAAUUCGUUCAAGGGAUCGCCGAAUUUGACAUUUUUGGAUUUGAGCAAUAAUUCCAUUCAUUUCAUCAGUCCAGACGCGUUCGUUAAUCUGCCAUUUUUGAAAGUACUUCGACUGCAAAACAAUCUGCUUACGUCAGCUUCGACUUCCCAUAUCCAAGGGCUGCGGUCGUUAGUCGAGCUAGACCUCAGCUCCAAUUUGCUGGCCGGUCAACUUGGCCCCAGCACGUUGCCUAGAUUGCCGAAUUUACAGAUCAUAUCGUUGGCGCAUAAUCAGCUGAACAGCGUUAGGCGGGGAUCAUUUGCCGGACUCGAAGGAAUCGUGUCCCUGACGCUUAACCACAAUCAGAUCGACGUACUCGAGGAUCACGGUUUUAGAGCAGUGCCUACACUGUCCCAUUUGGAUUUGGCCAACAAUCGCAUCGUUGCGGUGUCCAGUGCUUCACUCGCUCAUUUGACCAAACUCAAAACGCUUGAYUUAUCACACAACUUUCUGAGGAGUUUGACGUCUGAUCUCAUCGUGCCACUAAAGAGCAUCCAAGUAAUUAAACUCGACGACAACGACAUAUCCAUCGUGACCGAAGGCGCACUGAACACCGGCAAGCACAUAACGAGCAUUUCUUUAUCAGGUAUAACCGAAAUCAAUUGAAUAUACUCGUAAAAUAAUAGCCACGAGCAUAUAGCUGCAAUGCAUUAUUUAUUGAUAAAA